GAAUUCCAGCCUGCUGAGACUUCCCUCCAGAAUCAUCCAAAAUGGAGCCUCUUACAGUUUACCCAUCAAAGUGUUCCGGGCCCAAAGCAAAGGUACUUGCAGUUUUGCUGUCGAUGGUGCUAUGCACAGGAACGCUGUUUCUUUUACAACUAAAAUUCCUAAAGCCUAAAAUCAACAGCUUUUAUACCUUUGAAGUGAAAGAUGCAAAAGGAAGGCCCGUGUCUCUGGAAAAGUUUAAAGGCAAAGUUUCGCUAGUCGUAAACGUGGCUAGUGACUGCCAGCUCACAGACAGAAAUUACUUAGCCCUGAAGGAACUGCACAGAGAGUUUGGACCAUCGCACUUCAGCGUGUUGGCUUUUCCCUGCAAUCAGUUUGGAGAAUCGGAGCCCCGCCCCAGCAAAGAAGUAGAAUCUUUGGCAAGAAAAAACUACGGAGUAACAUUCCCCAUCUUCCACAAGAUUAAGAUCCUAGGAUCUGACGCAGAACCUGCAUUUAGAUUUCUUGUUGAUUCUUCAAAGAAGGAACCAAGGUGGAAUUUUUGGAAAUAUCUGGUCAACCCUGAGGGUCAAGUUGUGAAGUUCUGGAGGCCGGAGGAGCCCAUUGAAGCCAUCAGGCCUGACAUAGCAGCUCUGGUUAGACAAAUGAUCAUAAAAAAGAAGGAGGAUCUAUGAAAAUGCCCUUGAGCCAUUCUAUAGCACUAGAGUAGAAAGGUCUGCAUGAGGGUGUGAUCUCGUUUUAACACCCUGACAAUCAGCGGUGGCAAUGAAGGAUGACUUUUUAUGUGUUAUCUUGCUGGUCAGCAGUAAUGAAUGUCCCCAGGGUAAAGAUGUGACCCAAAGAAAAAUAAAGAGUAGCCAAAGAAUCAAAAUGAAAUAUAUAAAAGUUUCAGAAUACCCAGUGAUCAAUGUGCUUCAGUAUCAUAUUGUUCAACUUGACAUUUUCUAGGAUUGUACUUGUGGAAAAGCAAACACACUAGACCACUGUUGGAUUCAAAAACAUGGUGUGUAACUGAAAUUUUAACAGUAAUUAACUGCAAAUGAACAUGUUGAUGUAAUAAACACAAAAUAAAUAUUGGAAAAAUGUAA